UGGCUUUGCAGGCAAGCACAUGCAGACGAAAUCCUUUCUUAUUUUAGUUAAUUCACUUGCGAAGGAAUCAUUACUUCAGUAAUACUUGGUUAAACUAAUAAGAUGCCUGGAAAGUUAAAAGUUCGUAUUUUGGCUGGAAGAGAUUUGCCAGUAAUGGAUAGGUCUACAGACCUAACUGAUGCGUUUGUGGAGGUAAAAUUUGGUAGUGAGACAGUGAAGACAGACGUGUUCAAGAAAUCUUUAAAUCCACAUUGGAAUUCUGAAUGGUUUAUAUUUGAGGUAGAAGACAAUGUUCUGCAGGAUGAGCCUCUAGAAAUUAGAGUUUUGGAUUAUGACACCUAUAGUGCUCAUGAUGCAAUUGGUAAAGUUUAUGUCGAUCUGAAUCCCCUGCUGAGUAAAGAAACUCCAAACAUGAUCAGUGGAUGGUUUCCUAUCUAUGACACUAUGCACGGUAUAAGAGGAGAGUUAAACAUCAUCGUGAGAGUAGAAUUGUUUACAGAUGUUAAUAAGUUUCGACAGUCAUCCUGUGGGGUGCAGUUCUUCAGCACUGCUGAGGUACCCAGUGGAUAUAAGCUACAAAUAAUACAUGGAUUUGUUGAAGAACUUGUGGUUAAUGAUGACCCAGAGUACAAAUGGAUAGAUAAAAUUAGAACUCCUAGAGCUUCCAAUGAAGCUAGACAGAGGCUCUUUUCUCGACUGUCAGGUGAAUUGCAGAGAAAGAUUGGAGUGAAAGUUUUAGAUCUGGGAGGAAAUGCUAUUAUAGGUUACUACCAAUGUUUUGAUCUAGAAGGAGAAUCAGGAAUUGUAGCACGAGGUAUAGGGACAGUAGUAAACAUAGCUAAGAUCCUCCAGCAGCCCCCCUCACCACAGGGGGUGUCACCUCUACUGAAAGAUUUGAGGCUGUAUUCCAUUCCUCAUAGGCACACCCAACAGAGUGUAACUCCGCCCACAAGAUACACCCAACAUAGUGUGACUCCACCCUCUAGACCUGCACGCAAAAUACCCACUGCCUCUCCCCCUCCCUCUGCUCCACCUUCUCUGCCUGGCCAAUCAGCAUUUAGCUUUGCUUUCAGUUCCCCUGUGCCUGAGGAUACCUUGGCACCAUCAUCACCUCCUGUCCAGCCUGUAAGAAGUACAACAUCUCCUGUCAAGAUGGUCCCUCCAUCACAGACCAACAGAAGAUCAUCAGACUCUGAUAUAAGUACCAACACGCCUCCUAAAGGAUCCAGUUUAACAGGAAGUAGUGGUAGUGGCAGUGCUAUAGGAAGUGGAGGUAAAUCUGUUUCCAAGUUAUCAGCACAGCAACCAAGUAUAGACUUGAUGGAAUACCCAUUUUUCACUAUGACUAGUUUUCCUGUGGGGUUCAUAUCACAUCUUGGUGGUGUGGUGUCUGCCAAGUCAGUCAAAUUAUUGGACAAGAUCCAUAAUCCAGAGGAGCCUGAGACAAGAGAUGUUUGGUGGUUGGAGAUCAGGACAGAAAUCAGAUCACAUAUGAGGGCUAUGGGGUGCCAUGCUGUCCUGGGUUACAGGGAACAAACCUCUAUUUGUGAUGAAAUUAUAGUUUUGUCAGCAUCAGGAACAGCUGCCAGAGUACAAGUGACCUCUGACCCUGUCCCGUCAGUCAAAUCUUCUACACAGCCACUGGUUCCCAAUAUGGACAGGUUACAGCUAGAUAAAGAUAGGGACAAGAGACUGUUUGUAGAUGUUAACCUGGCGAAUCAAAUGUCUCAGAAUAGACUAUCAUAUGAACAAGGAGACGAAGGAUCACCAAUAUUCCAGUGUAGUUUAUGUCAUAUACCCUAUAUAUCUACAUCCUUACCAUUUCCUGUCAACCUGUCAUCUUGUGCCAUCUGCAGAAAGAAGAAAGUUCCAGAUGUUCUUUUUACAACUAUAGAUCUACCAACAGAAAUACAGACCCAUGGAAAAGGGUCACUUAUACAAGCCAGAGUAUGUAAAGCCAAGCUUAAAGCCAAAGGUGAACUCAGUGCUAAAGAAGUCAGUGAUAGUCUGCCAUUUUUAGAAUAUGAACUACAUAACCAGUUGAUGAACAAAUUAAAGUUACGAGGGAUGAAUGGUCUGUUUGGAUUAAGGAUACAGAUAUCUGUAGGAGAUACCUAUCUAAUUGGUAUAGCUACUGCCACAGCUGUGUUUCUGUCUGCUUUACCACCUCCUCUUAUACCUAAAGUAUCAGGACCAGUAACUUCAGACAGAGAAUGUAACCAGUUGAAUGAUUUACAGAAGAAAAUCACAGAAACAGUUCAAAGAAACAAAGAAAUUCAUGAAUUGAAUAAUCUGGACACUGGUCAGACAAGCCCUAGAAGUUUAUUGACAGAUGACAGUGAGGAUGAUGUCUCUGAGCUGGAACUAUCAACAGGGAACAAAGAUACAUUCAUCUUAGAGGUGGAUGACACCAGGGACCAAAACAUUGCCUCAUUACUGAGAGAUUCUGUUUUACCUGAUUGGGUCCAGAUGUGUAACACACAGAAAAUGCCUGGUACUACUGACCAAAAUAUGAUUUGUAAUUUACAGAUGUUUACCCAGGUUUUGCGGAGAGAGUUUAACCCCGCUGUAACAAGUAACAGUGCACUGUCAGAUAUGUUUGAAAAUCUCAUCAGGAAAAUUUGUUUCAAGUUGAGAAAAAUGGCUCCAUGUUGUGUGUGUAAUCUGGACUUUAACAUAGACCUUCCAGAGGAAAAUGAAAUACAGAUAAAUUUAACAGGAGUGUGUAUUGGUUUAUCUGAUGUUUCCACCAGAACUUCAUCUGUAAUAGAUUUACCUACAGUCAGCAAAAGUAGUUUGUUAAAAACAGCUGCCAGUGAAAUAAGUAAAGGAAGUGAACAAGAAGACAUGAUGUUUCAGAUGGAAGAGUUGUCAGACAGUUCAUCUUGUAGUAUACAGGGGCUCUUAAAGGGAGCAAAACAGACAAAAACAGAACAAACAAGACUAUUUCCUGUGGUAUUUCCAAAACACCGAGUGGGUAUUGAGUUGACACCUCUGCCAUAUAUUCCAAGAGGAAGAAUUGAAAGAUACUUAGGGCAUUAUAACUUCUUCUUUAUCAGAGAAACUGGUUCCCUAAGAGAGAUUGGUGGCCUUGGUGGAUUCAUGCAAAGCUUUAUAGCUGAAGUGCUAGCCAAUGUCAGAGCCACAGUGGCAGGAUUGGGUGGCAAUGGUAUGGUGGCAUAUAGGAUGACAGAAUGUGUUUUGAUGUGUAAUCCACAUAAAAACCAGGCUCAGUGUUUAAUCAACAUACGUGGAGAUACAGUCAGUUUUAGUUAUGACAGUGAGAUUUACCAAGUGUCAUCUGAACCAUCGAGAAAAAACAGUGACUCACCUAUCAUUAUAAAUACAGAGAGGAUUAACAGCUGAUUGUCAUGUGACUUAUUGUUAUGUGAUCCUCAUGUGAUAUUUGUAAUAAGAACAUAUCAACAAAGGUGAAUUUGAGGACUUUCACCAUUCAAAUUGUAUACAAAUCAAAGCACACAAGAGAUGAAACGAUCAGAACAUAUUUUAUAUGCUUCUCUGUUAAAUUGAUGUAAAUUUUGUAUAUUGAUUUCAAUGUACAGUCAUAUUUUUAUGCCCCCGCCGUAGCGGAGGGAGCGUAGCAGAGGGGGCAUUAAGUUUUACCCUUGUCCGUCUGUACGUACGUAUGUCCCAAAAUUGGUUUCCAUUCUCUAACUUUAGUUUGCCUCAACCAAAUGUUAUGUAACUUAUACACAAUGCUUAUUACCACAAAACACAGAUCAAGUUUCAAUUUGGGUAGCAUCACUUUUACCAUUCUAGAGUUAUGCCCCUUUACAAAUGGAAAUAUUGCUGAAUUUUUCGUUUCCGUU